AUGUCAGAAGCUCCCAACCAACACACAUCUAGUGAGGCGCUGCCUCCCAGGUCGGUUGUCGACACCGACGCCGACGCCGUCGACACGAUCCCGAUAACAGUCUCCCUCGGCGCCAAGUCGACAACCUUCAACCUCACCGCAGCGGGCACCCUAGAUGACCUCACGCUCGCCUGCGAAGACUUCUUUGACACCCCAGACGACAGCCCCAGCUUCAACUGGUCGACGCACAAGUUCAUCGCACCCCCGCCGACGGGCCUCAUUAAGGCCGGCGAGAACGGUACCUCCCCGCUCGCGCCCAUGGCCGGCAAGAAGCUCCGCCUGCUGGCCGCCAAACUAUCCGAGAUCGACUCCCUGCGCGCAGCCGAGCAGUACGCCGCGCGUCGCCGCGAGCGCCGCUCUAGAGUCGUCCCCUCAGCAGCGAGACCGCACCGCACCACUGCUCGUCGGCCGGGCGACGAUAUCUAUACGUUCCUCUCCAUCCGGCCACUGCCGUACCUGCCCCGCCCAGAGCGGUCGCAGGCGCUUCUGGAGCGGGUGGCCAACGAUCGGGGAAUCCGGGAGUCGAUGCGCCGGCGCAAGUUCACCGUCGGGCUGCUGACCGAGAUGGACCCGGCCGCGCACACGGACAUGUCGCACGACGGCGGCGUCGGCCGCACCCUGGGCCUGAACCGCAACAAGGGCGAGGUGAUCGAGUUGCGCCUCCGCACCGACGCCGGCGACGGCUACCGCGAUUACAAGACCAUCCGCAAGACGCUGUGUCACGAGCUCGCCCACAACGUCCACGGCCCCCACGACAGGAACUUUUGGGACCUGUGCCACGCCAUCGAGCGCGAGGUUGAGGCCGAGGACUGGAUCUCAAAGGGUGGCCGGACCGUCGGUGAUGGGCCAGGCUUUGACGAAACCGCAGACGACGAGGACUACGCCCCGGAUCAUGGAGGGUGGACUGGCGGCGAGUUUGUGCUCGGUGGUGCUAGUGGUGCUAGUGGUGCGGGUCCGGCGGGCGCCGCGCAGGUCUCGUUGAGUCGGAGAGAGAUUUUGGCAAAGGCGGCCGAGGAACGGAUGCGCCGCAUGAACCAGGAGGGUCGAGAUGGCGAGAACGGUGUCUUUAGUACCAUGCGCCUCAAGAAGGGAUACGCUACUCAUGAAGUGGUUGGCUAA